AUGGAACUGAAGGCCGAGGAGGAGGAGGUGGGUGGCGUCCAGCCGGUGAGCAUCCAGGCCUUCGCCAGCAGCUCCACGCUGCACGGCCUGGCCCACAUCUUCUCCUAUGAGCGCCUGUCUCUGAAGCGGGCACUGUGGGCCCUGUGCUUCCUGGGCUCACUGGCGGUGCUGCUGUGUGUGUGCACCGAGCGUGUGCAGUACUACUUCCACUACCACCACGUCACAAAGCUCGACGAGGUGGCUGCCUCCCAGCUCACCUUCCCUGCCGUCACGCUGUGCAACCUCAACGAGUUCCGCUUUAGCCAAGUGUCCAAGAAUGACCUGUACCACGCAGGGGAGCUGCUGGCCCUGCUCAACAACAGGUAUGAGAUACCGGACACACAGAUGGCAGAUGAAAAGCAGCUGGAGAUAUUGCAGGACAAGGCCAAUUUCCGCAGCUUCAAGCCCAAGCCCUUUAACAUGCGCGAGUUCUACGAUCGAGCAGGGCAUGACAUUCGAGACAUGCUGCUCUCCUGCCACUUCCGGGGGGAGGUCUGCAGCGCAGAAGACUUCAAGGUGGUCUUCACACGGUAUGGAAAAUGCUACACGUUCAACUCGGGCCGAGAUGGGCGGCCGCGGCUGAAGACCAUGAAGGGUGGGACGGGCAAUGGGCUGGAAAUCAUGCUGGACAUCCAGCAGGACGAGUACCUGCCUGUAUGGGGGGAGACUGAUGAGACAUCCUUUGAAGCGGGCAUCAAGGUGCAGAUACACAGUCAGGAUGAACCUCCUUUCAUCGACCAACUGGGCUUUGGUGUAGCCCCAGGCUUCCAGACCUUUGUGGCCUGCCAGGAGCAGAGGCUUAUCUACCUGCCCCCGCCCUGGGGCACCUGCAAAGCUGUUACCAUGGACUCGGAUUUGGAUUUCUUCGACUCCUACAGCAUCACCGCUUGCCGCAUCGACUGCGAGACACGCUAUCUAGUAGAGAACUGCAACUGCCGCAUGGUGCACAUGCCAGGGGACGCCCCCUAUUGCACUCCGGAGCAGUACAAGGAGUGUGCAGAUCCUGCUCUGGACUUCCUGGUGGAGAAGGACCAGGAGUACUGCGUGUGUGAAAUGCCCUGCAACCUGACCCGCUAUGGCAAGGAGCUGUCCAUGGUCAAGAUACCCAGCAAAGCCUCAGCCAAGUACCUGGCUAAGAAGUUCAACAAGUCUGAGCAGUACAUAGGGGAGAACAUCUUGGUGCUGGACAUUUUCUUUGAAGUCCUCAACUAUGAGACCAUUGAACAGAGGAAGGCCUAUGAGAUUGCAGGGCUCCUGGGUGAGCUGCUGAUGGCACCUGUCCUCUUCUUAUGCCUUGGGCAUGGCAUGGCUCCCUACCACCCAAAGCAGGGUGCUCACGUCUGUCCCAUGAGGGUCCCCCAUCCCCAGGGGACUUUCCCCAAACCCUGUUGUCUUGGUGACAUUGGGGGCCAGAUGGGGCUGUUCAUCGGGGCCAGCAUCCUCACAGUGCUGGAGCUCUUUGACUACGCCUACGAGGUCAUUAAGCACAAGCUAUGCCGGAGAGGGAAGUGCCAGAAGGAGGCUAAAAGGAGCAGCGCGGACAAGGGAGUGGCCCUCAGCCUGGACGACGUCAAAAGACACAACCCGUGCGAGAGUCUCCGGGGCCAUCCUGCCGGGAUGACGUACGCUGCCAACAUCCUACCUCACCAUCCGGCUCGAGGCACGUUUGAGGACUUUACCUGCUGA